AUGCAUUUCACCAAGGUCUUCCAGGCUAUCACCCUUCUGGCUGCAUCCACGGCUGUUACAGCCUGGAACAGGCUGGACAAGAACAAUGCUGCUGUUCUUGUUGUUGACCACCAGGUCGGUCUCGCGCAGGUAGUGCGUGACCAGUCGGUCAACGACUUCCGCAAUAACAUGCUGGCGCAUGCAGCGAUGGCUAAGGUUUUCGACCUGCCUAUCGUUCUGACUAGCUCCUCCGACGAAGGCCCCAACGGCCUCCUGCUCAAGGAAAUUACGGACAUGUAUCCCAAUGCCACAUUUGUCCGCCGUCAGGGUGAGGUCAACGCCUGGGACAACAAGGAUUUCCGCGCUGCCGUCAAGGCCACCGGAAAGAAGCAACUUAUCGUCGGUGGUAUCGUGACCGAAGUUUGUACUGCGUUCCUGGCCCUCUCGCUCCGCGAUGAAGGCUACGAGGUCUAUGCCAAUACCGACGCCAGUGGCACCUUCAACGUCCGCCUGGCUGAGGAGGCUAAUCGCCGCAUGGAGAAGGCUGGAGUCACCCUUAUGGGAAUGUUUGCCAUUGUCAUGGACCUCAUGCGCGACUGGAGACACACCCCUGGCCUUUCUGAGGUCCUUCCCUACCUUGACAAGUACCUCUUUGACUACGGCUUGGUUGCUCGCCAUCACGCCGGUGCUCUUGUCAACGGGACACUGUUUCCUGUUGAGACGACCCUGAUCUAA